UGUCCCGUCACAGGGGUGUGUUGGGGGGAGUCCUCUUUCCGACUGUCAAAAUGGUUAUCAAAGUGUUUGUUGCCACAUCUUCUGGGUCCAUAGCGAUUAGGAAAAAACAGCAAGAAGUAGUGGGCUUUUUGGAAGCUAAUAAAAUCGACUUUAAGGAAUUGGACAUAGCUGGAGAUGAAGACAACAGGAAAUGGAUGAGAGACAAUGUUCCCGGAGAGAAAAAACCUCAAAAUGGGAUUCCUUUGCCUCCCCAGAUCUUCAACGAAGAGCAGUAUUGUGGAGACUUUGAUUCUUUCUUUUCUGCAAAAGAAGAGAAUAUUAUUUAUUCAUUCCUUGGUUUGGCUCCCCCUCCGGGCUCCAAGGUGACAAAGUCGCCCGAAGAAGAACCUUCCCUUCCCAAUGGCGAGGCUGUGGGAGAGGCGCCGAGCACCUCAGAGGGAACAGAGAAGGCUGAAGACAGUGGGGAAAAUGAGGCCCAGAGAGAGGACACGGGAGAUGCGGGCAGCCUCACCGAGUCCCAGGAGAAGAGCCCGUGUCUGAUGGAGCUGGUGAUGGUCAUAGCUAAGGUUCUUCAAGGUGUACUUGACCUUUGA